AGUCUCCAGGACAAGAACUGUCAAGUAAAACAGUUGAGGUGGAAGCUAGGAGCUUACCUAUGGAGCUGAGUGAGAAGGGAGGUGUGCAGAACAAUGGAUUUGUUCAAAAUGAGGAUUUUGAGGACAAGGAAACAGACACCAGUAGCCAAGAAGAAAUGCCAAAAAGGUGCAGUGUUGAUGUGGACCCAGUGGCUGUGGAGGAGACAGUGUUGAAGCCUUAUGCUGGGAUGCCGAAGGAGGUCUUGCUGCAGUUCUCCAGCCAAGCCCGCUACAGAGUCACCAGGGAGAUCCUCUUCUGGCUCGUAAUUGCUGGUUCCGUUGUGCUUGUGUGCGCUACGAUUGCCAUCAUUGCUCUCUCUCCAAGGUGCCUUGACUGGUGGCAGGCUAGCCCUAUUUAUCAGAUCUAUCCUCGCUCCUUCAAGGACAGCAACAUGGAUGGGAAUGGGGAUCUGAAAGGUAUCCAAGAAAAACUGGACCAUAUUACAUAUUUGAAUAUAAAAACCAUCUGGAUCACCUCUUUCUUUAAGUCCCCUUUAAAAGACCUUGGCUAUGGAGCUGAAGACUUCUAUGACAUUGAUCCCAUUUUUGGAUCAAUGACAGAUUUUGAGAAUCUGAUUGCAGCCAUACAUGACAAAGGGCUAAAGGUGAUUAUGGAUUUAAUACCAAACCACACAAGCGACAAACACCGGUGGUUUCAGCUGAGCCGCAAUCGGACUGGGAAGUACACGGACUACUACAUCUGGCAGGACUGCAGGCAGGCUGCUGGCUCAGUCGUCCCUCCCAACAACUGGGUGAGUGUCUUUGGGAAUUCCAGCUGGCAGUUUGACGACCUGAGAAAGCAAUGUUAUUUCCAUCAGUUUGGGAAGGAACAGCCAGACUUAAAUUUUCGCAACCCUGCUGUCCAACAAGAAAUCCGUGAUAUUAUCAAAUUUUGGCUUGGCAAAGGAGUUGAUGGAUUUAGUUUUGGCACUGUUAAAUUUCUCUUAGAAGCAACACAUCUCCGGGAUGAGCCUCCAGUGAACAAGUCUCAAAAUGAGAGUAUCACAGCCUAUUCCCAGCUCCACCAUGACUACACCACCACGCAAGUUGGUUUGCAUGACAUCAUCCGCAGCUUCCGUCACACCAUGAAUGAGUUCAGCAGAGAGCCUGGCAGAUACAGAUUUAUGGGUUCUGAUGAUGAUGAAAAGGAAGACAUUGAAGCAACAAUGAUGUAUUAUGGAACGACUUUUAUCCAAGAAGCAGAUUUUCCCUUCAACUUCAACCUAAUUAACAUGAAAGAUCUAUCUGGCAACAGUAUUUUUGAAGCUGUCAACUCAUGGAUGAAAAACAUGCCUGCAGGAAAAUGGCCAAACUGGGCAGUUGGAAGCCCUAACACUGCUCGGAUUUCAACUCGGAUUGGGAAGGAGUACAUCAAUGUCAUGAACAUGCUGCUUUUAACCCUCCCUGGCACUCCUGUCACUUACUAUGGUGAAGAAAUAGGCAUGGAAAACAUUGUAUCAGAAAAUGCAACCCUCACAGAGAAAUCCCCCAUGCAGUGGGAUGGAGAAGUCAAUGCUGGUUUUACUGAAGGCAACAGCAGCUGGUUACCUGUUAAUGCCAACUACCAAAGUGUAAAUGUGGAAAUCCAAAGCACCUGGUCCAACUCAACCCUGAGUUUGUACCGAGCGCUGACCUUGCUGCGGAACAAUGAGCUCCCCAUGAAUCGAGGGUGGAUGUGCCACGUCUGGAAUGACAGUAACGUGUUUGUCUAUGUGAGGGAGCUGGACGGGUUAGACAGAGUCUUCAUGAUGGUGCUCAACUUCGGCCAGAAGUCAACAACAGACCUGCAGGCUGUAGCUCCUCACCUUCCCUCUGAAGCUGUAAUAAGACUCAGUACUCAUUUUAGCAAUGCUGGUAAAGUGGUCAAUACCAAACUAAUUAAAACUGAAAUGGGAGAAGGCCUUGUCCUUGAAUAUAAAACAGCAAAGCCUGUUCAUACUAUGGAAGCUUUUCAAGGGAAGUGUUUUGUGGCAGAAAAAGCUUGUUAUUCCAAGGCCCUCAAUUUACUCUACAUGAACUGUUAA